AUGUCAACUAGAAAAAAGAACAUUCUAAAAGUUAUAAUACUAGGUGAUUCCGGUGUUGGUAAAACUUCUUUAAUGCAUAGAUAUGUCAAUGAUAAAUAUUCUCAACAAUACAAAGCAACAAUAGGCGCCGAUUUCCUGACAAAGGAAGUCAAUAUAGAUAGUGAUAAAGUUGCCACUAUGCAAGUUUGGGAUACAGCAGGUCAGGAAAGAUUCCAAUCUCUCGGAGUAGCUUUCUAUAGAGGAGCAGAUUGCUGUGUCCUGGUAUAUGACGUAACAAAUACAAAAUCCUUUCAAAGUAUAAAAUCAUGGAGAGAUGAAUUUUUGGUUCAUGCUAACGUUUCAUCUCCAGAAACUUUCCCAUUUGUCUUACUAGGUAAUAAGAUUGAUGCCGAUGAUUCCAAGAAAGUAGUUAGUAAUAAAGAUGCUCAGGAUUUAGCAGCAUCCUUAGGUAAUAUCCCAUUGUUUUUCACUAGCGCAAAGACGGCUAUUAAUGUCGAUACAGCAUUUCAAGAAAUCGCACGUAGUGCUUUACAACAAAACCAGAAUGAUGCAGAUGCCUUUGAAGAUGAUUUCAAUGAUGCUAUAAAUAUUCAACUGGAUAAUGAUACUAAUUCUUGUAGUUGUUAA